GGCAAGGACGGCGGGAGCCUAAGGGAGGAACGCAAGACCCCGCAGCCGCCGAGGCCUGGGAGUCCGGGGCGGGAGAGAGGCGGCAGCCCACUAGCCAGGCGGGCGGCCGCAGGCUCGGCCCUUCCCGCCUCGGUCCAGGCUUGUUUGUUUGGCGGCGGCGGCGGCGCUCCUGCUCUGCUGCUGCUGCUGCCCGCGCAAGAUGUCCACCCGCACCCCACUGCCCACCGUCAACGAGCGGGACACCGAGAACCACACAUCUGUCGAUGGAUAUACUGAGCCUCAUGUCCAGCCCACAAAACCGAGUAGCAGACAAAAUGUACCCCGUUGCAGGAACUCAGUCACAUCUACAAAUGAAGACCAUCCUCACAUUGGGAAUUACCGUUUACUAAAAACAAUAGGAAAAGGAAACUUUGCUAAAGUGAAGCUGGCUAGACAUGUUCUUACAGGUAGAGAGGUUGCUGUGAAAAUAAUAGACAAAACCCAACUGAAUCCUACUAGCUUACAAAAGCUGUUCCGAGAAGUACGAAUAAUGAAGAUAUUGAACCACCCUAAUAUUGUUAAAUUAUUUGAAGUUAUAGAAACAGAAAAAACACUAUACUUAGUCAUGGAAUAUGCUAGUGGAGGAGAAGUUUUUGACUACUUAGUUGCACAUGGAAGAAUGAAAGAGAAAGAAGCACGUGCAAAAUUUAGACAGAUUGUGUCUGCUGUGCAGUACUGCCAUCAGAAGUGCAUUGUUCAUCGUGAUCUCAAGGCAGAAAACCUUCUUCUUGAUGGAGACAUGAACAUUAAAAUUGCAGAUUUUGGUUUUAGCAAUGAAUUUACAAUUGGCAACAAAUUGGACACUUUUUGUGGAAGCCCUCCAUAUGCUGCCCCUGAACUUUUUCAAGGAAAGAAGUACGAUGGCCCAGAGGUUGAUGUCUGGAGUCUUGGUGUGAUUCUUUACACUCUAGUCAGUGGAUCAUUGCCUUUUGAUGGUCAAAAUUUAAAGGAACUGAGAGAACGGGUGUUGCGAGGGAAGUAUCGAAUACCAUUCUAUAUGUCCACAGACUGUGAAAAUCUACUGAAAAAACUACUUGUCUUGAAUCCAAUCAAGAGAGGAAGUUUGGAACAAAUAAUGAAGGACCGAUGGAUGAAUGUUGGUCAUGAAGAAGAAGAACUUAAGCCAUACAGUGAGCCUGAGCCAGAUAUCAGUGACACAAAAAGAAUAGAUAUUAUGGUUGCUAUGGGCUUUGCAAGAGAUGAAAUUCAUGACUCCUUAGUAAACCAAAAAUACGAUGAAGUAAUGGCCACUUACCUGCUUCUAGGCAGAAAACCGCCUGAGUUUGAGGGAAGUGAAUCUCUAUCCAGCAGUAAUCUGACUCAGAGAUCUCGACCCAGCAGUGACCUCAACAACAGUUCUAUGCAAUCUCCUGCUCAUCUGAAGGUCCAGCGGAGUAUAUCAGCCAAUCAGAAACAACGUCGGUUCAGUGAACAUGGUGGGGAUGGCAUUCAACCAAUUGGCCCAUCAAUUCCUCCCGCUGUCUCUUACUCAAAAAGAGCUCAGGCAAACAGUGUGGAAAGUGAGCACAAAGAAGAGUGGGACAAAGACAUGUCACGUAAACUGAGCAGCACCGCUGUUGGGUCCAAAGGCGAAAUGGCAGCAAGUCCACUGGUGGGCCCUGAAAGGAAAAAAUCAACUGCUGUUCCGAGUAAUAAUGUGUUUUCUGGAACUAGCAUGACAAGAAGAAACACUUAUGUCUGUGAACGGUCUACAGAUCGCUAUUCUGCUAUUCAAAAUGGAAAAGAUAAUAGUCUGACAGAAAUGUCUGUGAGCAGUACUUCUUCUGCCGGCUCUGCUGUCAGCUCUGCAAUAUCAACACGGCCGCGACACCAAAAGUCCAUGUCUGCCUCGGGUCACCCUAUAAAAGUUACACUGCCAACUAUCAAAGAUGGCACCGAAGCUUAUCGACCAAGCAGUGCAACUCAAAGAGCACCUGCUGCUUCCCCAUCUGCUCACAGUAUUAGCGCUACCACUCCAGACAGAACCCGCUUUCCUCGGGGGAGUUCAAGCCGAAGCACUUUCCAUGGUGAGCAGCUACGGGAGCGGCGCAAUGCCACUUACAAUGGGCCACCGGCAUCACCAUCGCAUGAAACAGGCACGUUUGCUCAAACUAGAAGGGGGACAUCAACCGGCAUUAUAAGCAAAAUAACUUCUAAAUUUGUUCGCAGGGAUCCAAGUGAAGGCGAAGCCAGUGGCAGAACCGACACCUCAAGGAGCGCUUCUGGGGAACCAAAAGACAGAGAAAAAGAGGAUGGAAAAGAUUCUAAGCCACGGUCAUUGAGGUUCACCUGGAGUAUGAAGACCACAAGUUCCAUGGACCCAAAUGAUAUGAUGAGAGAGAUUCGGAAAGUGUUAGAUGCUAACAACUGUGAUUAUGAACAAAAAGAGAGAUUCCUGCUUUUCUGUGUUCAUGGUGAUGCACGACAGGAUAGCCUUGUCCAGUGGGAGAUGGAAGUGUGUAAAUUGCCACGCCUAUCGCUCAAUGGAGUCCGCUUCAAAAGAAUAUCUGGGACUUCAAUUGCCUUUAAAAACAUUGCAUCUAAAAUAGCAAAUGAGCUUAAGCUGUAAAGAGCAAUGAUGUUUCAGGGAUCAGGGAAGAUUCAAGCUUACAUUUUGAAUGUACUGGUUGUACCUUACAUGAUUGGCCUGUGAACUCCCCAUGUAGAAAUUGCCCCUCUUGCAAUAAGGUUAUACAUAGUUAUUCUGAAUUGUAAAAUUUAAUUCAGUAUGGCCUACUUUAAAAGACAAAAAAACUGUAGCUAAAGAAGUUAUGCUCACAUGUACAGGUAAGUAUACAGAGCAUUCUUUUUGUUUUAUGUUGAUAGAGUUGUAUAAUAAGAAGGCUUAAAUACAAACCUUGUGUAUAGUUGUCUAGACAUCAGCACAGAAGUGUUUGCUUUGAGUUGAAAAAUUCUUCCUGGUCAUUAUUUACAUUUUUGUGGUUUUUAUAAUUCUUACCACUAUUGAGCAUUUUUUAAAAACUGCGCCCAUAGUAGAAAUGCACAAAAAAUUGUUUUCACAACUGUAGCAUGAACAAUUUUAGUUAUUUUGGGAAAAAACAUAUAUUAAAAUUGAAUGAGGUAAAAAAUAGGUUGGCUUUUGUGGUACACAGGAUCCUUCCUUGUUCCCUUUCACUCUUAUGCUCCUUUACAGAACAGUGUUUAGUUGAAAAAAUGCAAAUGUGUUUACAGUGUUGGCACUUACAGUGAGGAAAAGAGAGUUCUGAAUGUGUUUUGACUCUGGCUGCUUGGAAAUAAAACAUAUUGAUGAAGAGAAGACACAUCUUGAUAACAUUUUAUUUACCAACCUAAGUCUUGCUCUUGUGACUUAUGGUCAAAUGUACCAACAGAUUAGAAGUACAAUUUAUAUUCAUUCAUCAUGGUGUGAAAUAUUGUUUGCUGCCUUCAAAAGGAUACAAAUCCCACUUUAUGGAAAACAAAAAUCUUCGUAUUGAGACUGUUUCAUAGCACAAGGUAUUCUGCAAUGUUGACCAAUAGUAAGAGCUAAUUAAUGCCGCCUCAGGAAUUAACUGGUUUUUUAAAAUAUUUUUGCCCCAAAGAGUACAUGCAGUUUCAUAUACUUUAUGGCUAAGCAUAAACUGUUUAAAACAAUAUCUUACUUAUGUGCUUGUACAAAUUUUGUUCCCAUAUAUCUUGUCCGUUUUCAAUAUUUUGCCCACCUUCUUGUAUUUAUUCCAUAUCAUUACACCUGUAAUGUGCAGCUGUGUAUAGGCAUUUGCCUAUGGAAGAAGAAAAUAUCCUCCAGAAUUAGUGAUAUAAAUUCUGUAAAACCACUAGUACUUGGUACAUUUUAAUAUUUGUUAUUUUGUACUGAAUUAAUCAUAGCGGUUGGUUGUGCAAUGUUAUUUAAUGUUGUAAUUACUGUAACUUCAACAUAUUGGCCCCAUAUGCACACUCCUGUGAAAAAUUAGAAAAGUCAUUCAAAAUUGUCACUUUAUUAAAAACAAAACAAAAAAACAAAAAAAAACUGUGGUAAACUCUGUAACCCGAAGUUAGGAGGCUGUAAGUGUAGCUAAAUGUGCCAUUUGAGAAUGGCUUUCUGACAGAUGGACUUGACAUGCUGUACUGUACUGUGAUGUAGCUCUCUCUUCUGUAACAGUUCUGUUCUGAAAUGAACGUGUAUUGUUGCCUUAGGAAAAAAAGGAUGGUGUUAUGGCGAGAAAGAACUGUACCCCUUUUUAUCUGAUAUUCCUUUUAAAAAAAUAAUUUUUUGACACAAGUCAUCCUAAUUCACAUUCACUGGUGCACUCUAUUAAAAACUUACUUGAAUGGUUCUCAUACUA